AUGGGACCCAAAGCUAAGGUAUUCGUCCCUCUCUAUGUGUACCCUGCACCCGGGGCCUGGACUCCAUUGGAGAAUGUGAUCGCCGAACACCCGGAUGUUAAUUUCACGGUCGUGAUUAACCCAGGCAGUGGCCCCGGCCCCAACGCCCUGCCUGACGCCAAUUAUACCCGAGAGAUCCCCAAGCUCGUCUCUUAUGACAACGUGCGUGUCUUGGGCUACGUCGCUACCACAUACGCAAAGCGGAACAUCUCGUUGGUUCGCAAGGACAUCGAGACCUACGCUGCGUGGCCAACUAACAGCUCUAACCCCAAACUUGCGGUUCGGGGAAUAUUCUUCGACGAAACCCCUCAGCAAUACAAUGCUGAUGCAUUGUCAUAUUUACAAAAUCUCACUUCUGUGGUGAAGGAUACACCUGGCCUUGGCCCGGACCACUUUGUCGUCCAUAAUCCUGGGACGAUUCCUGACUCUCGCUACCUGCCAAGUGCUGAUUCGACCGUCGUCUUUGAGGCGACUUAUGAUACCUUUCAGGAACGCCAUGGGGCCAAACUAUUCAAAGAGAUUCCUGACAGCAACCGCAGCCAGCUAUGCGCGGUGAUCCACUCGGUGCCAGACAACGUGGAAGGAUCCAACCUUCGGUCAUUAGUGAAGCAAGUGCGAACGGUUGCCGAUGAAAUCUUCAUCACACAUCUGAACACCGACUACUACGCUAGUUUUGGUGACAGGUGGACCGAGUUCGUAAAUCUGAUGGCGAAAUGA